AUGAUUUUAAAUUUUGCAGAAUACCUUUCUACAGGCUUCAAGGAGUUUUUAAUAAUUAAUUUUCCUUUCUUAGCGAAUUUAACCAAAAACGCCGGUUUUGUGUCCUCAAUAAGUUUAGACCCAAAAGACGGAGCUAACAAUGAAAAGCAAUAUAACCCGUUCGAACAUCGAGACAUAGCUCACCCUAAUUCAACUUUUGGAUCGAUCGUUCAUCUUCUCAAAGCAUGCCUGGGAUCUGGUAUUCUAGCAAUGCCAGCUGCUUUCAAAAAUGCGGGCACUGCGGCCGGUAUUGUAGGAACUUUAUUGGCAGGAUUUAUUUGUACUCAUGCAGUCCAUAUACUGGUAAAAACUUCUCAAGAGGCUUGCGUUGAUGCUAGGAAGCCUUGUAUGAGUUUUUCUGAAACGGUAGGCGCUGCUUUUAAAUACGGACCAAAAAGGAUGCGACGUUUCAGUGGAUUUGCAAAGCAAUUCAUUGAUUAUUCGCUUUUGAUAACGUACUUGAGUGUCCUGAUUGUAUAUGCUGUGUUUAUUGGAGUUUCAAUUAAAGAGGUUUUGGAUGUAUACUACCCAGAAGAUAACUUCUCAGUUCAAGUGUAUUGUAUGUUGACACUAGUUCCGCUAGUGCUAAUUUGUCAAAUAAGGAACCUGAAGUACUUGGUGCCAUUUUCAGCACUUGCAAAUAUAAUGAUUGCUAUGGUUUUUGGCGUCACAUUAUAUUAUAUGUUCGUGGAUUUGCCUCCAAUCAGUGAGAGGGAAGUUGUAGCUAGUAUAUCAACAUGGCCGCUGUUUCUGAGCACAGUAAUAUUUGCUAUGGAAGGUAUUGGAGUGGUAAUGCCUGUUGAGAAUGAAAUGGCUAACCCAAAGAGAUUUCUCGGCUGUCCUGGAGUAUUAAACAUAUCUAUGGUGAUCGUGAUUUCUAUGUAUUGUAUUUUUGGAUUUUUCGGAUACAUUAAAUAUGGAGAUGCUGUUAAAGGAAGCAUAACUCUUAAUCUUCCUCAAGAUCAAUGGGUUGCACAAUUAGCUAAAUUACUAAUGGCUCUAGUCAUGUUCUUUUCCUUUGCACUACAAUUCUAUGUCCCUAUGGAAGGAAUUCAACGUCUUAUGCUAAGUAAAUUGCCAGAAAAAUAUACGAAUAUUGUUCAAAUAAGCAUCAGGACUGUUUUGGUAUCCAUCUGCGUUUGCGUCGCAGCAGCUUUUCCAAAUUUAGAGCUAGUGAUUAGUCUUGUAGGAGCGUUAUUUUUUUCAACCCUCGGAUUAUUGGUGCCAGCUAUUGUCGAUACAGUUUACAAUUGGGAGAGGAAUUUGGGCAAAUUCUAUUAUGUUGCUAUCAAAAAUUUUAUCAUUGCCGUCAUUGGUGUCAUAACUUUAGUAUCUGGUUCUUAUGUGUCUAUUGUGGCUAUAAUUGAAGACCUAUCUAGUAAUCAUAACGACACUUAA